AUGUUGGCCGUAUUUGAGAAAGGAGUGGCGAACCCACCGGAGGAGCUGAGUCUUCCGGCGGCGGGAAGGCCGAGUUUGAGAGCUAGGAAAGAAAUUGCAGAGAUUUUCCAGUCAUGGCGACGGGAUUCAACUCUGUAUGGCCUUUCGAAUGGGAACUUUAUGGCUUUGUCACACGAGGGCGAAUUUCCAUUGCAUCCAAGUCCAAAAGAUGGGUUCGCCCCAAGAGAAACAGACGGUUCUUAUAUACCACAGCUCGGAGAGCAAGUCUAUGUAAAGGCAUUAGGAAAUAAGUUGGCCACUGUAGUUGAAGCACCAGGGGAUGAUGAUGCUGUCCUUGUCCAGUAUGGAAAGAUCAGGGUCCGUGUCAAUAUAAGCAGUUUAAGAGCUAUAUCGAAUAGUGAGAGAAAUGCUGCAUCAAGUAAUGUCCCACAGUUGAAGAGGCAGGCUCAGGGAAGCAGGAACUUCAGGAAUGCUUCAGAGGCCAGCAAUGUGGAGGCCAAUUCCUAUGGACCCGCGAUCCAGACAUCCAAGAACACUGUAGAUUUACGUGGCAUGCGAGUGGAGGAAGCGUCUCACCACCUCAACAUUGCCAUCAGUGCAAGAGCACCUAAUUCAGUUCUCUUCAUUAUACAUGGGAUGGGCACUGGGGUUGUGAAGGAGUGUGUACUUGAGAUAUUGAGAAAGCAUCCACGCAUUGCCAAGUUUGAACAGGAAAGUCCUAUGAAUUAUGGUUGUACAGUUGCUUAUAUCAAGUGA